ACAGGUGUUUGGGGGAGAGGGCGGAGCCGUAUUAGAGAGGAUGAGGGAGGGGCGGUGCUGCCCCUUUAAGAGGCGGUGGCCGAACCGGGACCUUUUCUCUUUCCCCGGAAGGAGAGCGAAGCCGCGGCUGGGCGCGCAAGCCAUGGGCCCGGGUCUCCGCCUCGCCACCCGCGUCCCACGCCAGAUGCUUUGCGCGCUGGCCUUGAUGGUGGCCGCUGGCGGCCGCAUUGCCUCUGCUUUCAACCUGGACACCCAAUUCCUGGUGGUGAAGGAGGCCAGGAACCCGGGCAGCCUCUUCGGCUACUCGGUCGCCCUCCAUCGGCAGACGGAGCGGCGGCGGCGCUACCUGCUCCUGGCUGGUGCCCCCCGGGAUCUUGCUGUGCCUGAUGGCUAUACCAACCGGACUGGUGCUGUGUACCUGUGCCCACUCACUGCCAACAAGGACGACUGUGAGCGGAUGGACAUCGGAGAGAAAAGUGACCCUGACCAUCACAUAAUUGAGGACAUGUGGCUGGGGGUGACUGUGGCCAGCCAGGGCCCUGCAGGCAGAGUCCUGGUCUGUGCCCACCGCUACACCCAGGUGCUGUGGUCGGGGCUGGAGGACCAGCGGCGCAUGGUGGGCAAGUGCUAUGUGCGGGGCAAUGACCUAGAGCUGGACCGCACUGAUGACUGGCAGACCUACCACAACGAGAUGUGCAACAGCAACACUGACUACCUGGAGACGGGCAUGUGUCAGCUGGGCACCAGUGGCGGCUUUACCAAGAACACUGUGUACUUCGGUGCUCCCGGUGCCUACAAUUGGAAAGGAAACAGUUACAUGAUUCAGCGGAAGGACUGGGAUUUAUCUGAAUACAGUUACAAGGGCCCAGAGGACCAAGGAAACCUCUAUAUUGGGUACACAGUGCAGGUGGGCAGUGCCAUCCUGCACCCCACGGAUAUCACCAUUGUGACAGGUGCCCCACGGCACCAACAUAUGGGCGCUGUCUUCUUGCUGAGCCAGGAGGUAGGCGGAGACCUGCGGAGGAGGCAGGUGCUGGAGGGCACACAGGUGGGCGCCUAUUUUGGCGGUGCCAUUGCCCUGGCAGACCUGAACAAUGAUGGGUGGCAGGAUCUCCUGGUGGGUGCCCCCUACUACUUUGAGCGGAAAAAGGAGGUAGGGGGUGCCAUCUAUGUCUUCAUGAACCAGGCAGGCACCUCCUUCCCUGCCCACCCCUCCCUCCUUCUUCACGGUCCUAGUCACUCUGCCUUUGGCUUCUCCGUGGCCAGCAUUGGUGACAUCAACCAGGAUGGAUUCCAGGACAUUGCUGUGGGAGCUCCAUUUGAAGGCUUGGGAACAGUGUACAUCUAUCACAGCAGCUCCAGGGGGCUUCUCCAACAGCCCCAACAGAUAAUCCACGGAGAGAAGUUGAGACUACCUGGCUUGGCCACCUUUGGCUACUCCCUGAGUGGGCGGAUGGAUGUGGAUGAGAACUCCUACCCGGACCUGCUAGUGGGGAGCCUUUCAGACCGCAUCGUGCUCCUGAGGGCGCGGCCUGUCAUCAACAUCCUCUAUAAGACCUUGGUGGCCAGGCCUUCGGUGCUGGACCCCACACUCUGCACAGACACCUCUUGUGUGCAGGUGGAGCUGUGCUUUGCUUAUAACCAGAGUGCUGGGAACCCCAACUACAGGCAAAAUAUCACCCUGGCCUAUACACUGGAGGCUGACCGGGACCGCCGCCCACCCCGACUUCGCUUUGCACAGAGCCAGUCAGCUGUCUUUCAUGGCUUCUUCUCCAUGCCCGAGAUGCGCUGCCAGACGUUGGAGCUGCUCCUGAUGGACAACGUCCGUGACAAACUCCGUCCCAUCGUCAUCUCCAUGAACUACUCUUUAUCUUUGCGUAUGCCGGAGCGCCCCAGGCUGGCGCUGCAGUCCCUGGACGCCUACCCGGUCCUCAACCAGGCGCAGGCUCUGGAAAACCACACUGAGGUCCAGUUCCAGAAGGAGUGUGGGCCGGACAACAAGUGCGACAGCAACUUGGAGAUGCAGGCAGCCUUCGUGUCCGAGCAGGGGCAGCCGAUGAGCAGGCUCCAGUACAGCAGAGACUUUGGGAAACUGCUCUUGAGCAUCAAUGUGACUAAUAUCCGGAGCAGGCAGCGGGCUGGAGAAGAUGCCCACGAGGCGCAGCUCACCCUGGCGGUACCUCCCGCCCUGCUACCGUCCUCAGUGCGCCCUUUUGGGGCCUGCCAGGGCAACGAGACUAUCCUUUGCCACCUGGGGAACCCCUUCAAACGGAACCAGCGGAUGGAGCUACUCAUCGUCUUUGAGGUCAUCGGGGUGACCCUGCACACAAGGGAGCUCCAGGUGCAGCUGCAGCUGUCCACGUCAAGUCACCAGGACAAUCUGCAGCCCAUGACCCUGACUCUACUGGUGGAUUACAUGCUCCAGGCCUCACUCAGCAUGGUGAGUCACCGGCUACAAAGCUACUUUGGGGGAACAGUGAUGGGUGAGUCUGGCAUGAAAACUGUGGAGGAUGUGGGGAGCCCUCUCAAGUAUGAGUUCCAGGUGAGCCCAAUGGGGGAAGGGCUGGCAGCCCUGGGCACCCUGGUCCUAGGACUGGAGUGGCCCUACGAAGUCAUCAAUGGCAAGUGGCUGCUGUACCCUACAGAGAUCACCAUCCGCGGCAAUGGGUCCUGGCCCUGCCAGCCACCCGGAGACCUUGUCAACCCUCUCAACCUCACUCUCUCUGUCCCUGGGGAUAGGCUGCCAACUUCACAGCGUAGGCGAAGACAGCUUGACCCAGGGGGAGGCCAGGGCCCCCCACCUGCUACUCUGGCUGCUGCCAAAAAAGCCAAGUCUGAGACCCUGCUGAGCUGUGGCAGUGACCACACCCGCUGCGUGUGGCUGGAGUGCCCUAUUCCUGAUGCCCCUGUCAUCACCAAUGUGACUGUGCAGGCUCGAGUGUGGAACAGCACCUUUAUUGAGGAUUACAGGGACUUUGACCGAGUCAGGGUAACCAGCUGGGCUACCCUGUUCCUCCGAACCAGCAUCCCCACCAUUAACAUGGAGAACAAGACCGUGCCGUUCUCUGUGGACAUUGACUCUGAGCUGGUGGAGGAGCUUCCAGCUGAGAUCGAGCUGUGGUUGGUGCUCGUGGCUGUAGGUGCCGGGCUGCUGCUGCUGGGGCUCAUCAUCCUCCUGCUAUGGAAGUGCGGCUUCUUCAAGCGAGCCCGCACUCGCGCCCUGUAUGAAGCCAAGAGACAGAAGGCGGAGAUGAAGAGCCAGCCGUCAGAAACAGAGAGGCUGACCGAAGACUACUGAAGGGGGCGGCCCCUGCCCCCAACCCACCCGGUGUGACUUCUUUAAACGGACCCACUAUUACCAGAUCAUGCCUAAGUACCACGCGGUGCGGAUCCGGGAGGAGGAGCGCUACCCACCUCCAGGGGAGACCCUGCCCACGAAGAAGCACUGGGUGACCAGCUGGCACACUCGGGACCGAUACUACUGACAUCCUCCCUGAUCCCACCCCCGUGCCCCCAGUGUCCCCUUCUAUUUAUCAUAAGUUAUGCCCUGACAGUCCACAGGGGCCACUGCCUUUGGCUGGCGCCAGCAGGCUCAGGCACACACACCUCUUCGAGCGCAUACAUGUGUCGUCUGGCCACAGACUUCUCCGCGCAGGAGUGCUGGGACCGUGGACCUUGCUCUGCCAAGCACACCACAGACCUGUGCCCUGGACACAUGUGGAUACAUGUGGGUCCCACUGUGCUUGUGCACCACAGAUGGUUUAUGGACAUGUGUGUCCCAGCCUCUGCUAGAGCCAGGAGGAAAAGGCUCCCAAUGUGGUGACACCUUUCUUGUUCACACUGGACCCAUCUUGAGCCAUAGUCACUGGAUGGACUCUGCUCUCAAGAUUAAAACUACUGACAGGGAACAGCCCACCAGGCUGUACCUCAAGCUGUAGUUCCUGGCACCCAUGCCAGAGAGCGUGAGGUCUGCCUGAGGUUGUCUAAGGGGGUGUUUGUAGGACCCAGCAUGCUCAGACACAGAGCAGAAUGAACUAAAAUGAGGGUCCCCAGGAUGACUUUCUUUCAUGGAUCUCUGUGAAGCCUCUCUCCUCAGCCACAGCAUGUCCUAGCAGGGAAUGCGGCCUAAAGGAACAAAGAUAGACAUCCUGGCAUGCUGUGCGGGGACUGCCCUGGGAGCACAGUGGAAUCCUCAACAGAGGAGGGGACCGGCCCUGGGCCAAGGAGAUGUUGGAAGGAUACAUAAGAAAUACCACUUCUCACCCAUCACUACCAUCCCGGCCUCUGAAGGGCCUGGAGAAUUCCCACAAGAUCACAGAGGGAGCGACACUUGAAUGUAGGACAGGGAGGAAGCCCUGUCCCUGUCCCAUUGGCCAGACCCCACUCUGCCCCCACUGACCAAGGGUUAGGGGCCAAGAAGUGGAGUUCUUGGCUGUCCUUGGCUUUCAUCACCUAUCGGCUCUGCCUUCUCCCCCAUGGGCUGAGUCCUGAGGCCCAUUCUAGAAGUCGAAGCUGGUUCCAAAAACCCUCUCCUGCCCCCUGCCUGUUGGCAGCUCCCCUUACCCCCUUCCACGGUACUGUAGUAGGGGAGCUCCCUCUCCCUCCUUGUGCCUUCUUUGUAUAUAGGCUUCUCACAUCAACUAAUAAACAGCUCCCUGUUUGUACACUCUG